AUGGUCCAGGCUCUCGCACUUGGGCUUGGAUCCAUGUUCAAUCACUCAACGCGGGAUCAAAACGUGGGCUGGAAGCGUAACACCGAGACCGAUGUCAUUGUCUAUACCGCACUGCGGGAUAUUAAGGCCGGGGAAGAAUUAUGUAUCUCGUAUGGGAGUGUGCGGCUCUGGUUCGAGGAUGCCGAUGCCAAUGAUGAAGAGGUAGGAGGUGAUGAGAACGACACGGGAGGACUGACAUUGGCUGAGUUGGAGUUGAGUGGCUUGGGAAAGAUGGAUCUCUAG